AUGGCUGAUUUGGAUGUGAUCUUAAGACAUGACGAUACCGAAGGCGUUCUUAUUGCCAAAGGGGUCAGUAUGGUUGUUCUUUUCUUUGCCUGCAUGAUAUGUGGUAUCAUACCGCUGUUGCUGGCGAAGAAGUUCAACUGGUUAUCAGCUGGCGAAGCUAGAAACUUGAGAACAAGUAACAGGGCUGUGAUGGUGCUACUUUCUUUUGGUGGGGGUGUUUUGCUCUCCACAACCUUCAUGCACCUGAUACCAGAAAUUGAAGAAAAUGUGAUACACCUGCAAAAGGACGGUGUGUUGAACGAGUUCAGCUUCUCUUUGACCCCCCUGUUAACAUGCUCCGGGUUUUUCAUCAUGUACUUGGUAGAAGAGAUGGUACACAUGUACAUCCACCACAGAGAGCGCAGGAACGGCAAGACGUCGCCCCUGGUCAGGAACCUAAGUGUGAGGGAAAGUCGAAAUGGCAUCACAAUCAACGCAGAGAAAAGUGUCAACAAUUCGACUGCAGAUCUCGUUGAACCAAAAAAGGAUGCCGAAAAUCAUAAUCACCACAUUCACCACAGUCAUCACAGUCAUUUGCCUGAAAACGUAGGAGAUGGCGUCUCAUCGGCUCUCAGAGGAUUACUUAUAGUGCUUGCUCUUUCUAUUCACGAGCUCUUUGAAGGCUUAGCCGUCGGAUUAGAAUCAAGCACUUCUAGCGUUUGGUACAUGUUGGGUGCCGUUGCCGGUCAUAAAUUAGUAAUCGCAUUUUGUAUUAGUGUGGAGCUAAUUGCCACGAAUACCAAAUUUUGGUUAACAAUGGUGUACAUUGUCACCUACGCCAUAGUGUCACCUAUUGGAAUUGGUAUUGGUAUGCUGCUAGUAGGAGGUGCAGGUGCUACCGCUGCCGGUCUCCCCUCUGUUUUACUGCAAGGUCUGGCUUCUGGAACACUGCUCUAUGUCAUCUUUUUUGAAAUUUGGAAAGGCGAUAGAACGGGCAUUUUGCAAUUCGCUGGCUCUGUGGUCGGAUUCUUCCUCAUGUUUGGACUCAAGUUAUUGACUCCACACAGUCACUCACACGGCCACAGUCACGAAGGCGAUGAAGACAACAACUAA